AUGUCGGCGCUGCGACACGCGCUCGCGCGUCUCGUCGCGCGCCCGCCGGCGCCGGGGUGGCGCCGCGCGCGGCGCCGCGCGUCGCGCCUCGUCGUCGCGGACGCCGGCAGCGCGACGUCCGCGCGCCGCGUCGCGAACGACGCGCGCGCGCGUCGCGAGCGCAUCGAGAACGAAUCCAAAGACCCGCGCGACGCCGCGGUCGGGCACUGCCGCGCGUGCGACGCGACGCACCGACUGACGCGCACGCCGGAGGCGGAGUCGGAGGCGCUCGCGCUCGCGCGUCGAGUCGAGGACGCCGGGAGGCUCGACUUCGACGUCCCCGCGCCCGGGGACGCGCGCUUCGACGCGUCGAACCUGCGCCGUCCCGGGGGCGGGAAGAUGCUCGGCGUUCUGCUCGCGUCGGCGGCGUCCGUCCACCCGGGCGCGGACGCCGACGCCGACGCGUCGACGCGCGACGACGUCGUCGUCCUGAAAGCGUUCAGCGGGCAGCUGUUCGGCGAGUGGUCCGUCCCCGGGUGGGCGCCGCCUCUGUGCGGGCUGACGCACAAACACCCGCGGUACGUCCGCGACCGCGACGAGAUCAAAACCGUCGUCGACGCGGCGGCGGCGACGAAGGCGGACGCGCGCGCGUUGGAGCUCGCCGCGGCGACCGCGGCGAGAGACUGGGACGCGCGGAUCGACGCGCUCUCGCGUCGUUUGAAGGAGCGGUCGAGAGCUCGACGCGCGACGCGCGCGGCGAUGGAGCGGUCGAUCGAGGCGGCGGCGGCGGGCGAAGAAGAAGACGCCGCGCGCGCGACGCUCGCGGCGACGACGCGUCUGCACGCCGCGGAGAGCCGCGCGGGGAAGCGCGAGCUGGCGCGCCUCAAGGACGCGCGCGCGACGGCGCUCGCGUCGCCGACGGAAGCGCUCGAGCGCGCGCGUUCGGAGCUCACGGCGUUGCGGUCGACGCAUCGAGCGUUGAGCCGCGAGCUGUUGGGCGCGAUUUUCGAGUCGUACCGACUGCCGAACUUCACGACGGAGGGCGGGUUCGGGACGCGGACGACGGACGGGUUAGACGCGGAGAGCUGCGACAUCGACGACAGCGGCGGCGCGGGCGGCUGGACCGCGUCCGGGGCGAGGAUGGCGGACGUGUUCGUCCGGGACGACCACGGCGACGGCGACGACGGCGGCGGCGCGAGGCGGAAGCCGGCGGCGUCGUUUCUCCCGUGCGGGUGCGGCGAUUGCGCCGCGCCGAAGCUGCUCGCGGAGUGCGCGCGGCGCGGGCUGACGCCGAUGGCGAUAGCGGAGGUGUGGGUCGGAUCUCCGCCGAGAGAGGAGGGGGAACGCGUCGAGGGGACGUUCUACGGCGCGUGCGCGAACCGGUGCCGGCCGAUCCUCGGGCACAUGCUGUGCGGCGUCGAGGAGAGACGUCGGUUGAUCGACGCGAAGCGAAAUCGUGACCGAUCAACGAAAACACGCGGGAUGGAGAAGCCCCGCGAGCGGUGGACGAUCGCGUCCCUGAGCGCGAGGAUCGGAUGGGGCAAGUCGCAGUGGUUGGUCUUCUUCUUCGUCGGCCUGUGCGUCGCCGCGGCCAGCGUUCAGGUCAAUUUCGUGAGCUUCCUCGCCGUCGAGCUCAAGCGCGAGUGGGGGCUGUCGUCGUUCUCGUCGAACACGCUCCUCGCGGUCCAGUUCCUCGGCGAGAUGAUCGGCUGCGCCGUCUUCGGCGUGUACGCGGACAGGCGCGGACGACGCCCCGCGUUCGUGCUCGGCACGCUGUUCGUCGCCGUCUUCGGCGUCGCGUCCGCGUUCUCGACGCGUCUCGUCGCGAUGCUCAUCCUUCGCGGGCUCGUCGGCGUCGGCAUCGGCGGAAUCACCGUGCCGUUCGACCUCCUCGCGGAGGCGUGCCCGCCCGCGCUGAGAGGCGUCGUGCUGUGCGCGAUAUGGACGCACUGGACGCUCGGGAGCCUCGGCGUGAUCGGCGCCGCGUGGGCGUGCCUCGACGGCCCGAACGGCCCCGUCGCCGGCGAAGCCGCGAAUCCGUUGGGAUGGCGCGUCCUCACGCUGAUCGCGUCCAUCCCGCCGGCGCUCUCGCUGUUCGGCAUCUGCUACCUCGAAGAGUCCCCGGCGUGGCUCGCCGCGCGCGGACGCGCGGACGACGCGAAGGCGAUCGUCCUGCGCGCGGCCGCGCGCAACGGCGUCCCGUUGGACGCCGACGCGUUCGACGUCGCGCCGGAGGAGGAAAACACCGAGGGCGCGAAGGCGCUGUUCCGCGGGGGAAACUUUAAGAGGACGAUGUGCGUGUGGACGCUGUCGCUCACCGCGCAGUGCGCGUACUACGGCGUCGUCUUGUUCCUCCCUCUGUCGACGUCCUCCCACGCCGACGUGGCCGGCGGGUCGUACAACUUCGACGCGCUCGCGACGUCGUGCGGGGGCGAACUCUUCGGCGUCGUCGCGGGGAGUUACUUCGUCUCGAUACUGUCGCGACGCGUCGUGUUGUGCGCGUCGAGCGUCAUCGUCCUGAUCGCGGUGCCGACGGUUCUGAUCGACGAGGAGAUGGCGCCGGGGUGGACGCUCACGCUCACGGCGUUGCUCGCGCGCGGGGCGGCGAUGAACUUUGCCUCCGUGGUGUGGCUCGUGACCCCGGAGAGUUACGGCGUGAAGAUUCGCGCGACGGGCCACGCGUACGGGAACUUUUGGGCGAGGAUGGGGGAUCUGGUGACGACGUACGUCGGCGGGACGUCCAUGCCGGAGGUGGCCAAGGUGCUGGCGUACUCCUCGUUCUCGCUCGCGUCGUUGGGCGCCGCGCUGCUGUUGCCUCCGGGGGUGAUGGCGGGGUCGAGAGGGAGAGGGCGCGGCGAGAGCGGCGAGGAGGACGACGACGACGACGACGAGCACGAGGAGUCCGCGAGGCUUCUGGGGAGCGCGAAGACGGGGGUCACGCGGCGAGCGAGCGCGUACGAGUCGUACGCGUGA